GGCUGUUUGCAAAAUGAUGCUAAGGUCCCGUAAAAUCACGCCAAGGUUACCAAAGGAACCUGUGACACCAGGAUCAGACAAACAUGACACAAGGUCACGAAGAUCUUCCACAAAAGGGCAAAACCAUGGAAGAGAGACAUCAACAAACUGUACUGACCCUUGGGAGGACUCUGAUGAUGUCAUUCUAGUAGGUCUCACAAUGCCAGCAUCCAGACAGACAAAGAGCCGAAGAAAACGUUGCGACAGAGAUUUGGAAGAUGAGUUGGAAGAUUUUGUAACAGCACCACAAAGGCGUUCAGUAAGAGUGCGGUUUGACUUGGAUGACACACCAACCAAGUCAACACAAUUCAUCAAUGAAGCAUACUCUCCUGUGAAAUUUUUUUCCUCACUGACUGAUGAUGCAUUCUCUUCAGUAACUAGAAGCAAGAAAACCGAAGAUCAGGUGUUUGACUCAUCACAUUAUUUUAGCCAUAUUCCUUCUGAGGACAACAAAGAAAAUGAUGUUAACAUAUGUGCAUUCUUUAAAGACCUUCCACCAUUAUCUGAGAAUCAAAAAUUCCUUAAGAAUGAAGUUGCGGUCAAAACACGAAGCAGCCCAGAAAAUACACUCGUCCUGGAUCUAGAUGAAACACUUGUUCACUGCUCAGUGAUCCCAAUGGCCAAUGCAGACUACACUUUCUCAGCUGAUUUCCUAGAUGGAUGUUAUAAGAUUUACAUGAAUGUGAGGCCGUAUGUGAAGGAGUUCUUAGAAAAACUCUCCAGAAUUUAUGAGAUAUUCAUCUUCACCACUGCAAAGAGAGACUAUGCACAAAAAAUCUUGGAUAUUGUGGAUCCACAGAAAAAAAUCAGGCAUCGUCUCUUCCAGGAAGACUGUAUCUGUGUCAAAGGCCAUUAUAUUAAAGACCUGUCGCUCCUCAAACGUGAUCUGAGCAAGUUGGUUGUGGUAGACACCUCAGUGCACAAGUUUGCUUAUCACAUUAAUAAUGGAAUUGUGAUCCCAGGCUGGCUGUGUGAUAGAAAAGACAAAGAACUGCUCAAAUUAAUCCCAUUUUUGGAGAAACUGACUGAAGAGGGGAAGACAAGACUACAAGUUCCCAUGCUCCAAACUGCAAAAAUGUCUCAUAAGGUUUAUAGUUUCCCUAGAAUAUAUCAUUCCAAGGAAUACCAGCAGAUAGGCUGAUGGUUAUCUACAUCAUUUAUCCAUUUCCCAGGGUGAUGUUCGCAUCAGAAUAUCUCGGAUGUACCCAUUUCACAAGCUGCUUGUUGAAGACUAAAAGAGAAGAAAGCUCUUGAGUUAAAUGGAUUCUAAAUGCAAUUAUCCAACUCGUGUUUGUUUUUUUAAUCGUGGAAUGCAGACUUUCCAAUUGAUUUACUUAUUGCAAAAAGUUUACUUGAAAUUUUCUCAUCUCAAGCAGGAUAAAUUUAGCAGUCUGUUUUUUGAUCAUUUAAUUAUUUUUCAUUUUAUUUGAAUUGGAAUGAAAACUGCAGGAGUGUAGAGUGAGUAGUACAACUAAAUUGACGUUUUAUUUGUUUUUAAUCAUGUAGCUUUUUACUUUGUUUUUAAAAUUAAUAAAAUUAUUUAUUUGUA